AUGCCUCGAGACUUUGUAACACUACGGCUGGGACAAUGUGGAAAUUGGCAGGUGGGAUCGGCCUUUUGGCAUCGUCUCUGUAUGGAACACGGGAUCAAUGAAGAUGGGAUCCUGGAAGAUUUGUCUAUGGAUGCGGGCGAUCGGAAAAGCGCGUUUUUUUACCAAGCAGAUGAUGAGCACUACAUUCCAAGAGCGAUUCUCGUAGACUUGGAGCCAAGGGUCAUCAACAACAUUCUGUCGUCCCCUUAUUCACGGCUCUAUAAUCCAGAGAACAUAUUCAUGUCAAAGGAUGGUGGCGGAGCAGGUAACAACUGGACUCAAGGCUAUUCGUCGGGGGAAGAAGUUUAUGAAGAUUUAAUGGAGAUGAUAGAUCGUGAGACCGAGGAGUGUGACUCACUUGAGGCAUUCAUGGUUAUGCAUUCGAUUGCUGGGGGAACGGGAUCCGGACUCGGGUCUUUUCUUCUCGAACGCCUGAAUGAUAGGUUUCCCAGGAAAUUGUUACAAAUGUACAGUGUCUUUCCUAAUACCCAAGAGGGUGAUGUCGUUGUACAACCAUAUAACGCCUUGCUCACGCUCAAACGCCUUGUUAAUAAUGCAAACUCCGUGAUCGUCUUGGACAACGGAGCACAGAUUGCAGCUGAUACACUUCGCAUUCAGACCCCCUCGUUCGAUCAAACAAAUCGACUCGCCGCUACUAUCAUCGCAGCUAGCACGCAAACAAUCAGAUUUCCUCGCACUCUGUAUUCCGACCUCGUCAGUUUGGCGGCGUCGUUGAUUCCGACUCCCCGCUGCCAUUUCCUUACUACAUCCUACACCCCCUUCACCAAUGACCAAAUCGAGGAGGCAAAACCUGUCAGACGAACGACACUAUUGGAUGUCACGCGACGAUCGUUGCAGCCUAGAAACCGCAUGGUAUCUGCUCCCCUCACGAAGACUUCUGUAUAUAUCUCCAACAUCAACAUCAUCAAGGCGAUGUUGACCCGAAUGAGAUUCACCAGUGUCUGCUUCGUAUUCGAGAGCGACAAUUGA